ACGUGGUCGCAUGAGGGGAUGUUGGUUAGCCUGUCGCCGAUGACUGCCGAACUUCCGAAUGUUUCUUCGGUUCAUAACAGAAAUGUCAAGAGAAAUUGAAUUGCUAGACCAGGUGGUGAAGGUGUGUCGUGCUCAAUCGUUGCUCAGCGUCGGAAGGAUAACCUUGAUAAUAUAAGCAGGAAGAAACGCACAAUAGAAUUAUUUUUGAAUAUGACAGAAAAUGCCCUCAACACGUGAAAGUAAAGCCAAUUUGAUAGUGGAAAUAAUUAUUCGUGCAAUUUUGGCUUUAAUAUUUAUUGAACUAGAAGGCGCAACACCGUUUAUCAGGAAGAUUCACUUGGAUGAAUUGUGGCUUUACAAGAACCCCAGAAGUGACAGUUACGUACCAACAAGCGUGUUAUGGCCUCUUGUAUUUAUCACUCCAACAGUAAUUAUUUUUAUGAUGUUUAUGAUACAUAAAGACAAAGUUGACGUUAGUCAAGCUAUUUUAGGACUCUCUUUGGGUCUCUCACUAAAUGGAGCUUUAACAAAUUUGAUUAAAAUAAUUGUAGGUCGCCCACGACCAGACUUUUUUUGGAGAUGCUUUCCAGAUGGUGAGGUGAAUCCUGAGCUGGAAUGCACAGGAGACGAGUCUGUUGUUCUUGAAGGCCGUAAGAGUUUUCCUAGUGGACAUUCAUCAUUUGCGUUCACAAGUAUGGGUUUCAUUGCCUUUUAUCUGGCUGGCAAGUUGCAUGUAUUUAAUGCUGGUGGAAGAGGACAGUCAUGGCGUUUGUGUAUUUUCCUGCUGCCACUUGUCAUAGGUUUAGCAGUUGCACUCAGUAGAACCUGUGAUUACCAUCAUCAUUGGCAAGAUGUGUUGUGUGGAUCUCUACUGGGUUUGUCCAUCUCAUAUUUAUGCUAUCGGCAAUAUUUCCCAUGUUUGAGCUCCAUUCAUUCCCAUCGACCUUAUGCUGGUAUGAUGCCGUACAUGGAGGUGGAUGGUGUACGAAACAAUGACCAGACUCAAAUGGAAGAGCAAAUAAAGUGGAUAUAAAGAAAGUGAAAUUAAAGGGUACCUCACCACCAUUUUGUAAAUAAUUUUACAUCACAUUAAAAUGGAAAAGCUCUACUCUAAAUUGAAUGAAUGCAGCUUUAAGUUGUUGAUUUUUUAUUAAGAUUUAUUUUGUUGUUGAAAGAGACCUUUUAUUGUAAUUGCAAUUGUAUUGUAAUUGCAUUUACAGUAAUUUAGGAGUACAAAUGGUUUAAGUGAGUAAAUUGUUCUAAGUACAAGUUUCUUUGGCCAAGGAUCAAAAUCUUGGGUGUCUUGGUUUAUGCCUUUUUGUUCUGACCACUGACUUCAAGAAAUGACAUCUUGGUAUAUGUUCUUGGGUCUGUACAUUGUGCAUGUAUUUGAUAGUUGCUGUUUGUAAAACAGAAGACUACAUUUGAUUCCUGGUCAGAACAAUUUAAGCUGGUAGCAAUUUACUUAUUUAAUACAGUUGCAUAGUACGAGGUCACCACAUGGAUAUCAGUUACUGAGCGGAACAAGUAUUCCGCCGUCCUUGACUUUCCAUAAUUGGUGACAACUUAAUUAUAAUUGAUCAGGUUUUAUUAGGCCACUUCAUGUUUUGCAUGUGCAUCACCACUAGACAGUAUGGAGGGUAGGGGGAAGCAACCCACUCAAAUGUUUUUUAUAGAUUGGAGGGGUUAUGAGAUCUUUGUCUCUUGAAUUGUCACACACACACCCCCUCCUGCAUAAUUUGGUGCUAGUGAUGCCCAUGAUAUUUGUUGGGAGUAUUUCAAUGCAAAAAUAAAUAUCUGUGCAUGCAUCAGUAUUGUUCAUUUCAUUAACAUUCCAAUCUGCAUCUGCAGAUUUUUGGCAUUCCAAUUGCUGAGCAUUGUGAUAAUUUUGUUAGUGCUUAGUUUCAUUGAUUGUAUAUUCAUCAUAUUGUAGUUUCAUAAUUGUACGUUGAAAAAUUGUUUCCUAUAACAGAGUAUUCAUCUUGGCACAUAACAUUUAACGGUAUAUAGAAUACAUUUGAAAAUGUUUUUGGUAAGACAUUAGCUACUGAAAUAUAUUACAAGUGUUGAUUCUCACAAUUCACUUUUACACCAGGUUGUAUGGUUUAGUAGGAUUUUUAUUGUUCCAUCUUGUUUAUAAUAAAUUUUAGUUAAUGUAUAAAAGCUGGAAGGUUAUUUGAAAUUAAAUUGCAGUUUUUAAACUGUUUACAAAAUAAUCAGACUUCAAAAAAAUAAAAUAAUAAUGUUAUUAUUAUAUAGUUGAACAUACAUCAGUGCUAAAAACGUGUGUAAAUGUAAUGUAACAACAGGUGGUGGAAAGUAUUGUGUAAUUAUAAGAAAAUAAUGAUUUUUCUCAGAAAAUUAAGUUACUUGAUUUUGUGCACAAAAGGAUAAUCUACUUCAAUUGUUAAACAAACAGAAUUUUAUAAAUUGUUUUUGUAAUAUCAAAAUUGUUUUGAAGUUGUUAAGAAUCACAUUAGUGGUCGGAAUUGUAUGUAUGUAUUUGGCAUUUUAGGGUCAUAUUAAUCCGACUCUUGCCAUCUGGUGGUGUUCCCAGGCUUGGGGCCCUGUUUUUAUUUAUUAUCCACGCCUGGGGUAAAGGGGGACAUGUGGUGAUCAUGACAUAUUCCCUUCACCACAUCUAGCAUACUUAGCAUGCCUCAGCUUUCAUCACACAGGUGUAGAAACUGAGACGACUGUAAUGGAAAGCAACAGCUCUAUUUUUGCCCUGACUUGGAAUUGAACCUGCGAUUGUGCCAUAGAAAGCUAGCUUACGAUCCAUUAGCCAUCCGAGGAACUGUUAAAUUAGUUUAGUGUAAGGGUAACAAAUUUAUUUCAAAGAAUUGAUCCCACAUGUACAUCUCACAUGAGUGAUUUACAGUUGUUUCUGGAAAUGUGGAUCUUGUUCCUUACUGGGUAGUGUUCCUCUUUGGAAUCACAUGAAUGCAGAUGUAAACAGAGGAACUAUUUAAAUCCUUGCCAAAAAAUGAACUACUUUGUCCUUAAAUAACAAGGGUCCAUCAGCAUUUGCUGUAGUAUUAUUGAAUAUUGUUCAAAAUAGAGAAUGGAAAUGAUGGCCAUGGGCUGAAUAUCAUGUCUGAUUUGAUCAUUUCAAAUAAGGACAUUAACAAAACCUGUAGUACUUCAAUUCUAGAUACAAAGAAAAUUUUUAAUUCAUUAGGUUUCCUGCAGGUUCAAUUGCCAUUGAUACUGUGAAAUCUGUAGUACAGGUGAAAAUAUUUUGGUAGAGAAAUAUUGUUUCUGAUACUUAUGCCUGAAAAUGACCAAAUGAAAGAACAUGCAUAUAAACUCUUGGAGCAGUUUAUUUUAUACUUUGUGCUUCAUAUAAAAGGUGGCCAGACUGCCAACAAUUGAAUUUUUUCUGAAUUGACUCUUAUUGUUUGGGAAUUUUAUUUUUGCACAGCUAUUACUAUUUCCUUGAUAUUAAAAAAAAAUGUACAAAUUUGAAGGUAAACAUAUACAGAAGAAAGUAUAUAACAAGGUGGACAGCUACCGAGCAUUGAGAAUCUCAAUUAAAGUUUUGAAAGAGUCGCACUUGUUUUUCAAAGUACAAACAUUAAUUUCGCAGAAGUGUUCAUAAGAAACAAAAUGCACAUCAACUUUGGCUGCUUGAAGGUUUUUCUAACCACUAGAUGUAAAUUGAUUUAAGUACACAUGUACUUCGAUUAAAACUAAGAUGAAUCUUAGAGUUCUUAAAAUUCAUUGUUGAAUACAAUGACUUGCAAAUAGUGUCUCAUAAAAUAAAAUAACUUUCUUGGUAUUGAAAAAUCAUAAUUUUCAGUUAUGCCUCAGACUUUUGUAUGAGACAAAAAUGCUAGAAAAGCUGCAUGUGAGCAGUGCUGUGGCAACUGAUAGCAUGUAGAAUGUAAUUUUGGUGAUCUGGCUACUUUUUAAUAAACACAGGAAAUGUACUAACUGUGAAGUUACUUCAAACAAAAAUAAUUCUUCUAUAAAAUAAGCAAAGCUUCUCUAAGUUGAAUAGAGACUGACACAAGUGUGUGAAAGAGUUUUUGUUUAUAAUGUAUUGACUGGAAGAAAAAUGUAUUUUUAAUUAGUUAUUAAACCAAAAAAAUGUGUGAAAUUGUCACAGUACCAGUAUUAUCGAUGUGUCUCAUCAUGAAUUAUUCCAUUGUACUUCAGUACUUCACUGUACUGAUUAUUAGAGUAACUUAAAUUGAGUGUAUUAAAGUAUUAAAGUGCUGAAUCAGCACUUUUGAUCACAUUCCUUUUUUCAAUAUUUGUGUCCAAAACUACAAUCAGGGACUUUUUUGUAACAAAGAAUUAUUAAUUUAUCUAAGAAAGCCUACUGAAAUAAAAAUAUUCUGAAACUUAUAUUGACAACUAUUGUUACCUACACUCUUUC